GAGUGAACUACUCACCCCUCUGGAGAAGGAAGCUGAAGCUGAGGAGAGGGCGGGUCUCCUGGCGGACCCCGCCACCACCUGUGUCAGCUGAAGGACACGACAUGAAGCUCCCUCAUUGAAAGCUGGUUUUCUGAGCAGCCCCUGAAGGCAGCACGCUGGUGCCCCCCCCUCGGACCGCUGAGGCGUGAUCAUCACCUUUAGCUGUGAGUUCAGACACCAGCUGAGAGCUCCGCUGAGAGCCGGACCCUCGGAGGAGGAGGAGGAGGAGGAUCGGACCCGGGUGAGGAGCGGUGUGAAUGCAGAGCAGCAGCAGCAGCAGCCGGAGCGUCAUGUCCUGCAGGACGGAGUGAAGCAGAGCUGAGAGCAGCGGUAACUUCCAGUGUGAUGCAGCUGUGUGAUGGGAGAGUCAGCCGAGCAGGAUGGGCAACAAGCAGACAACCUUCACCGACGAGCAGCUGGAGGCGUUUCAGGACUGCACCUUCUUCACCAGGAAAGAGAUCCUGAGGUUACACGGCAGAUAUCGUGAGCUGGCUCCACAUUUAGUGCCGCUGGAUUACACCAACAGCCCCGACAUCAAAGUCCCUCUGUCUCUGAUCGUCACCAUGCCUGAGCUGAAGGAGAACCCGUUCAGAGAACGGAUCGUGGAGACGUUCUCUGAGGACGGACAGGGGAACCUCACCUUUAACGACUUUGUCGACAUGUUUUCUGCUUUCUGUGAAACGUCACCCAGAGAGCUCAAGACCAUCUACGCCUUCAAGAUCUACGACUUUAACAGGGACAACUUCAUCUGUAAGGAGGACCUGAAGAAGACUCUGAACAGGCUGACCAAAGGAGAGCUGACGCCGGAGGAGGUCACGCUGGUCUGUGAUAAAUCCAUCGAGGAGGCCGACCUCGACGGAGACAGCAAACUCUCCUUCUCUGACUUCGAGAACAUGGUGUCAAAGGCCCCCGACUUCCUGAGUAACUUCCACAUACGAAUAUGAGACCAUCGAGCAGCAGCAGAGAUCCUUCAGAGGACAGACGUCUCACUUUGACGUCGUUUCCUGAUCCAGCCGGUCUUCACCCUCCAGACUGCACCUGAACCUCAGACCCACCUCGACUCAGUGCCUGUCCUUUCUACCGCUGGCGGAGAGUCUUCCUCUCCAGCAGAACCUGACACCUGACUCACAGAAGCACAGGCAUUUUCCUGCCAACUUCGCGGCCUACAGACAGCGGGAACAUUUACUGCAUGAAAACUUUCUCUUUAAACAGUUUGGAGGCAAACAAGGAGCGAUAAACCAAGAUGGGGCUAAUUUUAUACCACGGGAGCGUCUCUGCAGCAGGUGUGAUGUCUCCUGUGGACACUUUGGAGAUGCUGCAGAGUAAACAGGGCUUUUCUGACUUCAGUGCUUUGCAGGAAGGCCAGAUCCACUGACUGGAUUCUUUUAUAAAAGCACAGUUUAAAAGGGCAAAACAGUGAAGAGCUAUGCAAUCUCUCUCCAUGAAGUGCAUGUUGUAAAUGCUUGUAGCUGUGGUUGAUUUGUUCUCCUGGUUUAGUGACACAUUCUGGUGCAUAAUGACAAUCAUAGUAAACUGUAGUUCAGUUGAUGGAAGGGCUCUCUGUCAUCUCACCUGUAAACUGUUUCCUGAUAGAACAGCUUUCACUCCUUCGACAGAAAAGAGAAUCAAUAAAAGAUUUUCCUGUCGCUCGAUGCUCCGUCAAGCUUCUUCACAGAGAGAACUGAUCCAGGGUUAGGUUACUGGA